UCUUGAAUUUGUUUCUUGGUUUUAUCUUCUUAUUUAGAUGAAAAAUAUUUUUUAUGCAAAAUGAAGUUAAAUAUUAAAUAUCUUGAUAAAAAAAUAAUUGUUGACAUAAAUGAAAAUGAAAGUGUAUCAAAUUUAAUGGUUAAAUGCCAAGAAAUUGCUCCCCCAAGUACUUGGUUUUUAUCAUUGAAUAACCGAGAAACUAUUUUAGAUAGCACACAAAGUUUAGCGAGUCUAGGCUUGGUGUCAGGUGAUCGGCUUUUUAUCAUACCUUCAGCAGAUAAUAUUAUACAUGAAAGUAAUUUAGAAUCUACAUUGAUAUCUUUAGGUUUUAAAAAGGAAGAUAUUUUUAAAGUUAUCAACACAUAUGGGGCAACAAAUCUAGAUUAUGCACUUGAGUUACUGGCAAUGUUGGAUGAAAAUAAACCUGAUUUAUUAUGCAGUUUAAAUACUCAACCUCUAAAAGUUAAUGAAAAACCCACAACAGAUGUAGUAGUUAAAAAUACAAAAUUGAAUGAUGAAAUCAAAAAUCAUGGUUCAAACUUAUCUCACUGUGAUAUAGUUGAUGCAUUAGCAGUUUUAUCAAAGGAAGAGAGUUGUGAAACAGAUGCAGAUUUUUUGUGUUUAGCAUUACAUGUAUUGAUGUCAAUGAAUGGAUUUUCAACUUUAGAUGAGUCAAACUCUUUUCCAAAUACAAAACCUGAUCUAAUGGCAAAACUUCCGAUUGGUUGGAAAAAUUCAGCUAUGAAAUGUUAUAGGCUACAGUAUUCUCAUGGUUUAUUAAAAGAUAUAUCAUGUUGCAUAUCAUGUACAGUACUUGGUCAAACUCUAGUUGUGUUAGGUCAGUUAAACACAGAUGAUGCAAGUGUUUAUCAAACAAAGUUAAAAAUUUCAGAUUAUGUAAACUCAAACAAUAAUGGAGGUUGGGAGUUAAAGAAUUUUUCAAAAUUUUCAAGUAAAGUAAAAGAUUUUGUUGUAUUACGCUUGUGUGAUGAUAUUAAAGCAAUAUGUGGAAUUCCAGAAGAUGAGAAAAGUUUGGACACACUUCCAAUUGAAAUCAAACAAAAACUGAUUUUAUUCUUCGACUAUUCAACACUUGGAAGAAUGAGUUGUGUGAGCAAAAACUGGAAUCUACUUUGUUGUGAUGAGGAUGUAUGGAAAAAAAUUUAUAAAUUAUUGUAUGGUCACCAAACACAUUGUGAUGGAAAUUACAAAAAUGCUGUUAAGCGUUACGUAAUAAAAAAACGUCAAGAAAAGGUUGAACGCAUGAAAUAUUUUGCGAGACCGCAACAGCAGAAUUUUCCACCUGACUUUCGAAAUCGUCAUGAUGGAUUUGAUUAUCCAAGUCCUAUUGUUCCUGGAAUAAUUGGAGGUGUUCAUGAUCUCUAUCCUUCACCAGGUUUCGGAUUUGGUUUUCCAGGUCCUUCUAUGCCUCAAGGAUUUUUUAACCCACGUGGUGGUAGAAGUGCGUAUAGACCUCCUGGUGCACGGUUCGAUCCUUAUGGACCUUUUACUGGGGAAGAUGAGUAUACUAGUUCUAGAAGACCGCAUCCUGAUUUAUUUCAACCUCCCAGGUUUGGUGAUGAUCGUUUUGAUGGUGGUGGAUUUAUAUGAACAAGCAACAUUUCUUUUUUAUUUUGUAAAUUUUAUUAUCUUAAUUUCUGUUUUCCUUUUUGUCAAAUAUAACUACUGCAUUGUAUAAUUUUAUAUUGAAAUAUUAUAGGAAAGAUUCUUAAUUUAA